AUGCAUAUAUUUUAUAUAUGUAAGGAGGCGGCGGCUUGGGCUCAGCAGGAGGCGGCGGCAGCUUGGGCCCAUCAGGAGGCGGCGGCUUGGGCUCAGCAGGAGGCGGCGGCAGCUUGGGCCCAUCAGGAGGCGGCGGCAGCUUGGGCCCAGCAGGAGGAGGCGGCAGCUUGGGCCCAGCAGGAGGAGGCAGCUUGGGCCCAGCAGGAGGCGGCGGCUUGGGCCCAUCAGGAGGCGGCGGCAGCUUGGGCUCAGCAGGAGGCGGCGGCAGCUUGGGCCCAGCAGGAGGCGGCGGCAGCUUGGGCCCAGCAGGAGGCGGCAGCUUGGGCUCAGCAGGAGGCGGCGGCUUGGGCUCCACUGGAGGCGGCGGCAGCUUGGGCCAAGCAGGAGGCGGUGACGACUUGGGCUCAGCAGGAGGCGGCGGCAGCUUGGGCCCAUCAGGAGGCGGCGACGACUUGGACUCAGCAGGAGGCGGCGGCUUGGGCUCAACUGGAGGCGGCGGCAGCUUGGGCCCAUCAGGAGGCGACGGCAGCUUGGGCCAAGCAGGAGGCGGCGAUUUCAACUAUAGAGGAGUCGGCGCCGGCAUUACUAUCAGAGGCGGCUAAAGCAACACAGGAGUCGGCGGCUUGGUCACAGAAGGAGGCGGCUUCCACUAUAGAGGAGUCGGUGGACUAA